AUAGCAGUUCACUACGCUCAGAUAUGUCUGUGUAUAUAACGACAGCUUUCCUUUUAUUGACUAUUUAAGAAACUAAUACUAUGUCUGUUAAUGUUUACCAUGCGGAUGUACAAUCUCUGGAUGCUGCGAGAACAGUCAAUGGCAACAUAGCACCUACUGACACUAUAAUGCAGUCUGCAAGUCUGUCUAGCUAUGAUGGUCGAUACUUGUCACCAGUUCGACGCACCUUCUGUCUGAUCACAUUAUUUGACAUGAUCUUUAUCUUCCUAUUAUGGAUCAUAUACUCACAGUUGUCAGGGAUGAACAUCCAUGAUAUCUUCUUACGUCAAGUUGCACAUUACAGUAUCCAGACUUCGAUGUUUGAUAAUGUGAUGCUGUCUGUGGGGAGGUUUAUAUCGCUUACUCUUGCCUAUGGGCUAUUCAAGCUGAAUCACUGGUGGGUUGUUGCAUUGACGACAACCGUGACCUCAGCUUUUCUUCUUGCGAAAGUAUUUUUCUAUGACUUUAGAGAGGACAACACGACGGCUGCCACGCUGGAUUACGUACUGUUGGUCUGCUGCUUUGUCAUUGGCUGGAUCGAAGUCUGGUUUCUAGAUUUCAAGGUCAUUCCAACUGAGAAAAGAUAUGAGUUCUUAGAUGCACAGCACUCCAUAGAGAGGGCACCACUGUUGCCGGGCACAGUCCAACCUAACCAUUACCACAGUUCAUCACAUUCUGGAGAAACAGCCUCCGGGGGUUACUACUCACCAUUUGAAUCCAGUGAGUCUGAGGGAGAGUUUGAAGAUGCAGAGCCUGGUCCUCAUCGUGCGCACGGACACGGACACGGCGCCGGAUCGCAUAGAUCAGCUGCUCGACUGUUUCUCACUCUACAGGCAGAAAUAGCAACGAGUGCCAAAGAAAUCUUCAGGCUAGUGAUACAGGAUAUAUCCAAGGCGCCAUUAUGGAACCCAACGUUGCUGGAGAACCGGGUGCUGCAGCAUGUGAAUGAACACGUGGAUGUGAUUUACACGGUGACGGCGGAUGUGGGAGCCGGUACUGUCAGCAGUAGGGACUUUGUGACAGCACGCUGCAUCGAGAAACGAGAUGGCGUAUACCUGUCUGCAGGCUGCGGGACUAACCAUGCUGAGAUGCUGCCGACGAACAAAUACGUCAGAGGAGAGAACAGAGUAGCAGGAUACGUCAUCAAGAGUGCACCUAAUAACCCUGACAAGUGCAUAUUUACAUGGGUGGUUAACUCUAACCUAAAGGGUUGGCUUCCGCAAGCGCUGGUGGAACAAGGUAUAGCUACCAUGAUGGUAGACUACAUGUCGUAUCUGCGCAAGUACGUGGCCGAAGCCUACAAUACUGUAUAGCAGUGAAGUUGCUCGGUUUUUGGCCAGUGUGACACUACUGCCCCCUGCAGGAUUGAUUCGUCAAGACUCUAUUAUUGCUACAUUUUUUACUGAUGGGGAAAGGGCAAUAGAAGCUUGUUCAGGGAGCAGUUAUUAGUAUAGAUGUAUAUUGACUAUGUAUAGAUCAAACCAGUUGGAGAACUCUGGGUGGUGUCUGUAAUUAGGGAUUUAAGUCACGAGGAAGGUAUGGGAUUUUGCUAGUUGCGUGUUGCCGCCAGGCUGGUUCUCAAGAGUGGCAGCACUGCAUGCGUAGCAUUGUUCAUGCAGCCGACAAUCACGAUGUCACAGACGAUCCACAUUCAUGACGUUGGUUGUCGUUCUUAGAUUGGACUUAUGGUAAAGACCGAUUAUAGAUCAUUCCACAUUAUCGUGUAUCACUUUAAAACCUUUUUAUUAAAUAUACAAACGCGGUUAUGAUGUUGUUUAAAUGUACAAAUGGUAAACUGAAGGAGACUUCUAAAUGCAUAUUUGUCAGGCAAAUUUUUUUAACCAAACCAGAGCACAAAAUAAUUCUUGUCAACAUUGGUUUUAACAUAAUAGAGUAAUUAUGUCUCCCUGGCCUUGUAUGUACAUACGCGAAAUGGUAUACCUACUGCACUAUAUGGCAGUUGAUUUUGUAAUUAAGUUUCUUUAAAGAAUAACUGCUCGAGCGUUCAGCAUUGUUUUUGUUGAACUAUGCAUGAUUUUAGUUAUGAUAAUAAAAUUUUUACUGUUUUAUAAUAACGAAAAAUACUCGCUGUGCUGGAGCAACAAAUCGGUACCAUGAAAUCAUGGUGGUAAUAUUAUUUAGUAUUUCUAGAAUGUUGUUAAGUUAAGGUUGUCUUCAAAUAUCACUUAUGUUACAUUAUGAAAAGUUAAAGUUAUUUAAAAUAAAAACUGUUGGCAGCAACUACUUUUAACGUGGGCGUUACAAUGUUAUAGGCUUACAUCAUAGAAUACUUGACAAGCAAGAUGAUGUGCAAAUUUUUGCACUAAAUAAACUUGUUUUACAAAUACUAA